UUAUUAGCGUAUUGCACAAUAACAGAACCCACAUCACACUCUCUGUCUCUCUGUCUCUGUCUCUCUCUCUCUCUCUAACUACCUCUUCUGUUCUGCUGCGGAUUCAACCCUAUCUACCACAUACACCUCUCUUCUCCCUCAGAUCUCUCCUGAUUCCUGAAUCAAGAAUUAGGCAUUUGCAUCUGUUGCUUUCUAGAAAAGGAGAAGCAGAACAAGAUCCAAAGCUUCAAUUUCCUUUUGAUUUUUCAAAUUUUGAGGAAGUGGAGCGAGUUUUGAAUUCGGAGUUGUCGGUUUCCGGUGGUGGUUAAGGCAAGUGGAAGGUGGAGAUGGAGGGGAAUUCUGGCGGCGGCGGAGGAGGCGGCAGCGGAGGAGGAACGGUGGCGGCAGCGGCCGGAGGAGGCGGCGGAGGAGGAGGAGGAGGAGGAGGAGGAGGAGGGAAUGAUGUUGAAUUGUUGUGCAAGACGCUGCAGGUGGAGCACAAGCUGUUCUACUUUGAUCUGAAGGAGAAUCCUCGGGGACGGUAUCUGAAGAUAUCGGAGAAGACGUCGGCGACCAGGUCCACCAUAAUUGUUCCCUUCUCCGGCAUCUCCUGGUUCCUCGAUCUCUUCAAUUACUAUGUCAAUUCCGACGAUCAGGACGUCUUCAGCAAGGAAUUGCAGCUCGACACCAAGGUCUUCUAUUUUGACGUUGGCGAGAAUAGAAGAGGUCGUUUUCUCAAGGUGUCGGAGGCUUCUGUAAGUAGAAACCGCAGUACAAUAAUUGUUCCUGCUGGCAGUACCCGGGACGAAGGUUGGGCCGCAUUUAGGAACAUUUUAGCUGAGAUCAAUGAAGCAUCAAGGCUUUUCAUGCUACCAAACCAGCAAAGUUCUGAACCUUCAGAACGUCUUGUUGGGCUUUCAGAUGACGUUGGUGCUGGCUUCAUAUCCGGCCACAGUAGUCAACCUGCCACGACUUCUGAACUGAAUAUAGACAGAUCUGUGGAGUUUCCAGCACAAGACGAAAUUGGUAAUAUGGGAGUCUCGAAGGUGAUCAGAGCUGAUCAGAAGAGAUUCUUUUUUGACCUGGGGAGCAACAACAGGGGGCAUUUCCUAAGAAUAUCCGAGGUCGCAGGUUCUGAUCGGUCCUCCAUCAUUCUCCCACUGUCGGGACUCAAGCAGUUCCAUGAAAUUGUGGGUCACUUUGUGGAGAUCACCAAGGACCGGAUCGAAGGAAUGACGGGUGCAAAUGUUCGGACGGUGGAGCCCCCUCAGAGAUGAAUGCAAACCUGGAGGUGGCUUUUGUAAUGAAAUAAAUAACUCCAAUCUGCCAAGUUCCUCUAGAGGUAGAAGUGGGUUUUGACUUUUGAUUAGGGGUGGGAUUGUGCAUUAAGUCGUUUGCUUUGUUUAUUUUCUUCUCUUCUUUCUGUCAUUCAAGUCUGAAAUAAUCCGAUUUCUGUCUGAGUAACCUAGAUCUCGGAGAUGAUUGCGAAGCUUGAUUGAAAUAGGGAAUAAUAGGAGCCGACCAGUUACUUGUAAGUGCCAGUUUGAUUAGUGUCAGUACUUAUUUCCAACUUAAUAAUGAUCAUUCCAUGAUGUGCUUUAUUUUUGUUUCAAUGUAAGCUGAUCAAACGUGCUGUUGACUAAUAGAAUAUUAUUGCAGUUCUUUUAAACAUUGUGUUUCAAUGUAACCUUAAUAGAAUUUCGAAUCAGUGGGUCCCAUUCGUUUCU